AGGACAAUGUGAGAGCAGUGACUUAGAGGAGCCACAGAAAAUGAGUGACUUGUGAGUUUGCAGAUAAAGCUGAGAGUCACAACAUCGGACAGCGGGAAAGUGCAGGUCUAGGAAGAAAACCUGAUACAUCCUGAAAAUGUUCAACAAAUCCUUUGGAACUCCGUUCGGAGGCAGCACCGGCUUUGGCACAACUUCAACUUUUGGGCAAAAUGCUGGCUUUGGUACCACCAGCGGAGGAGCCUUCGGGACCUCGGCCUUUGGCUCCAGCAACAACACGGGCAGCCUGUUCGGGAGCACGCAGAGCAAGCCAGGAGGGUUGUUUGGGUCCACCACGUUCAACCAACCAGCCACCUCCUCCACCAGCACUGGCUUUGGCUUUGGCACAUCCACUGGCACAUCAAACAGCCUCUUUGGAACCACCAGCACUGGUGGGAGCCUCUUCUCAUCCCAGAACAAUGCCUUUGCACAGAACAAACCAGCUGGUUUUGGAAACUUUGGUACGAGCACCAGCAGUGGGGGGCUCUUUGGGACCACCAACACCACUUCCAACCCCUUUGGGAGCACAUCUGGCUCUCUCUUUGGCCCAACCAGCUUCACUGCUGCUCCAACUGGCACCACUAUUAAAUUUAAUCCCCCGACCGGCACGGACACCAUGGUGAAAUCCGGCGUCAGCACCAACAUCAACACCAAGCACCAGUGCAUCACUGCCAUGAAGGAGUACGAGAGCAAGUCCCUGGAGGAACUCCGUUUGGAAGACUACCAGGCAAAUAGGAAAGGGCCCACGAAUCCUGUGGGAGCAGGAGCAACUGCUGGCUUGUUUGGCUCUUCCACUGCCACGUCCAGCACUGCCACAGGACUUUUUGGCUCUUCCACUACCAAUACAGGCUUCUCCUAUGGGCAGAAUAAAACUGCUUUUGGAACCAUGGGCAGCAGUCCCAGACCACGAGCCUGUUCAACAAACCCUUUGGCCAGGCCACCACCACGCAGAACACCGGCUUCUCCUUCGGGGGCACCAGCACCCUGGGCCAGCCCAACACCAACACCAUGGGUCUCUUUGGGGUCACCCAGCCCUCGCAGCCUGGAGGCCUUUUUGGGACAGCUGCCAAUACAAAUGCUGGGACUGGAUUUGGAACGGGAACUGGCCUUUUUGGACAAGCCAACACGGGAUUUGGUGUUGGUGGUUCGACCCUGUUUGGGAACAAGCCUGCUGGAUUUGGAGCCACCACGACCAGCGCUCCCUCGUUCGGUACCACCACGGGCGGGGGCCUCUUCGGUUUUGGUGCCAACACUGCUGGAAAUAGCUUGUUUGGAAAUAAGCCUGCGACUGGGACUCUGGGCACUGGACUUGGAACAGGGUUUGGAACAGCUCUGGGGGCAGGACAGACGUCCCUGUUCGGGAACACGCAGCCAAAGCUGGGGGGAACGCUGGGAACAGGAGCCUUUGGAGCCCCAGGAUUCAACACAUCCACAGCCACCCUGGGCUUUGGGGCCCCUCAGCCUGCUGUAGCUCUGACAGACCCCAACGCCUCUGCAGCCCAGCAAGCUGUCCUCCAGCAGCACCUCAACAGCCUGACCUACUCCCCCUUUGGGGACUCCCCACUCUUCAGAAACCCCAUGUCAGACCCAAAGAAGAAGGAGGAGAGGCUGAAGCCAACGAACCCAGCAGCCCAGAAGGCCCUGACGACCCCCACCCACUACAAGCUGACCCCCCGCCCCGCCACCAGAGUGCGGCCCAAGGCCCUGCAGUCGGCGGGCUCGGCCAAGUCCCAGCUCUUUGAUGGGCUGGAUGAUGAUGAGCCCUCCCUGUCCAAUGGAGCCUUCAUGCCAAAGAAGAGCAUCAAGAAGCUGGUUCUGAAGAACCUCAACAGCAGCAACCUGUUCUCUCCCGUGAGCCGAGAGAACGAGGACCUGGCGUCGCCGUCGGAGUACCCGGAGAAUGGGGACAGGUUCUUCCUGUCAGUGCCUCCCGAGGAGAACCACAGGCAGGACGGGGAGCGGGAGGAGGAGGAGGAGGCCCACGAGGUGACCAGGUUUUACACCAACCCCAUUGCCAAGCCCAUUCCCCAGAGCCUGGAGGGCAGCGGGCACAAGCCCCACUCGGGCGUGGACGACACCAUCGUGGCGCUGAACAUGCGCGCGGCGCUGCGCAACGGCCUGGAGGGCAGCAGCGAGGACGCCUCCUUCCAGGAGGAUUCCCUGCAGGAGGAGUGGGACAAGGAGAUCGAGCCUGGCCUCCAGCAGCAUCCUGCAGGGAUUGUCCUGACACGAGCUGGCUACUACACCAUCCCGACCCUGGAGGAGCUGGCCCGGCUGACCAACGACAGGAAGGAAUGUAUCGUGACAGACUUCACCAUCGGCCGCACGGGUUAUGGAUCGAUUUACUUUGAAGGAGAAGUAAAUCUAACAAACUUAAACCUGGAUGAGAUUGUACAUAUCCGGAGAAAAGAAGUUAUUGUUUACCCUGACGACGAAAAGAAACCUCCCAUUGGGGAAGGGUUAAAUAGGCGGGCUGAGGUGACCCUGGACGGGGUGUGGCCCACGGACAAGACGUCGCGGUGCCUGAUCAAGAGCCCCGAGCGGCUGGCAGAGAUGGACUACGAGGGCCGGCUGGAGGCCGUGUCCCGCCGGCAGGGGGCGCGCUUCAAGGAGUACCGCCCCGAGACCGGCUCCUGGGUCUUCAAGGUAGCACACUUUUCCAAGUAUGGCUUGCAAGAUUCUGACGAGGAGGAGGAAGAUCGUCCUUUAAAAGUGGACACCAAGAAGUUAAAGACCACCCCUGUGCCACCCCCAGGGCACCUGCCACCCCAGCAGAUGGCACUGAACGGCAAGCCAGCGCCCCCGGCUCAGCCCCUGGAGCUGGAGCAGCUGGGCAGGCUGGUGGAGCUGGACAGUGACAUGGCAGACGUCACCCAGGAGCCAGCCCAGGAGCCCUUGGCAGAGGAUGCCCUGGCCGAGGAGCAGGAGGCAGUGCCAGCGUCCACGCACAUCGCGUCCACCCAGGGCAUCAACCCCUACGUGCUGCAGAUCAUGAAAGCUUCCUUGCUUGCUGAUGAUGACGACCUGGAUUUGAUCCUGGAUUAUCCUGGGAAGCAACCUGUCAAGAUGGACAUUUCCCAAGAGAUCUGCUCCCCAAGGCUUCCCAUUUCAAAAUCACAAGGACAGAAAAGACACUCAGCUGCUGGGCUGCUGCAAUCCAAGUUUGCCAGCGUCCUUUCCCAGGCACCGAGCGCUGCCGUGGCAGAUGCCAAGGGCCCCAGGACUUUGGACAGUGCCCCCUCUGCCGCCCUGUGGUCGCCGCUGGCCUCGGCCUUCGCGGUGCCCGCGGCCGUGCCCGAGGUGCAGGUGAAGACGGUGGGGGCGCGCCGGCAGCGCGGGCUCGUCCCCCUGGAGAGGUCCAUCACCUACGGGAAGGGGAAGCUCCUGAUGGACAUGGGACUCUUCAUGGGCCGCUCCUUCCGCGUGGGCUGGGGCCCCAACUGGACGCUGGCCAACUGUGGAGAUCAGCUGAGCGGCUGCAGUGAAACAGAGGAUGCGCAGCUGGAGCCCGUGGAGUAUGGAUUCCUGCCCACCCCCGUGGCUCCCAAAUCACUCACAGAAUCCCCUUUCAAAGUUCACGUGGAAAAGUUGAGCCUGGAACAGUGGAGAUUGGACAGAGACAAGGAGCUGUAUCUCACCCCUCUGGAGAUAAAGCUGAAGCACACCACUGUCCAUAUGGAUGAGCCCUGUCCUCUCCUGGCCCCCAACCCUGGGGUCUCUGCUAUCCAUGACUAUGCUGACUGGGCCAGGAAAGCAUCCGAGGAUCCGUGUGGCAGCUCUCCGAGAGGAUCAGUGUCAACGUGUGCUCGCUGCUGGACUGGAAGCGCUGCGUGGCCGUGCACCUCUGGUACCUGCUGCCCCCCACGGCCUCCAUCUCCAGGGCUCUGGCCAUGUAUGAGUCAGCCUUUCAGAACACCUCAGAGUGUGAAAAAUACGCCUGCUGUCCUCUGCCUCCUUACCUGGAGGAUUCUGGGUAUGUCAUUGAGGAAGACGACAAUGGAGGAAGGCCCCUGAGAGAUGUCUGCUUCCAUUUGUUAAAGCUCUACAGUGACAGGUCCUACGAGCUUGACCAGCUGCUGGACCCCAGGAGUGUCACCUCUGACCCGCUGGAUUUCCGCCUCAGCUGGCACCUGUGGGAGGUGCUCAGGGCCCUCAACUACUGCCACCUGUCCCAGCAGAGCUGGGGAGUGCUCAACACCAGCUAUGCUGCCCAGCUGGAGAGCGAGGGGCUCUGGGAGUGGGCUGUGUUCGUGAUGCUGCACGAGCCUGACGCGCAGUGAGUGACCCUGGGGGCUGUGCUGGGCCUGGACACACAGUGACAGUGACCCUGGGGGGC